GUCAAAGGUUACAAUUCGUCCGGGAUCAUUGUUUUCUAAUGACUCGCUUUCCCUGGUGAUCAUGAUCGUGUCAGGGCGCACGGAUCCUAGAAAUGAACGAGGGACAUAGUGCGGUCAGAGAUGACCAAUCUGAUCCAAUUUGGUCCGGCUUGGUUUUUGUGACCAUGAUGUCACACUGACCGCGGCAUCUCAAGGCAUGCCAUUUUGGUCAGGGUCCGCAUCGCAUGUAAACACAGAUAGGAUUCUCUUCCAUCAACCAUCUCCAAUUUCCAAAUGGGUAACUCUACCGAUGCUCCUCACGCUCUGCCUCUCGCGGAAUCUUCGCUCUUUAAUGCCUCCGAUGCGGAUGUUUCCUUCAUCUCCUCCGAUCGCAUCCUCUUCCGCGUCCAUCGAAAGAAUCUAGAGGUGUGCGCGGAGGGAUUCCCGCCGUGUGAUGUCGCGCCGCCGGGCUCGCAGGAGCUCAUCCCGCUGGAGGAGUCGUCUACGACACUUGAGUUGCUGUUCCAGUUCGUCUACCCCCGCCGCCACCCUGGGCUCGACACAGUCAAGUUUGAGGUUCUUGCCCCACUCGCCGAGGCGGCGGAGAAGUACCAAGUGUUCCCUGCGAUGAACAUUUGUCAUUUUCGACUCCGUGAUAUGGGGAAGGAUCACCCUGUUGAGGUGGCCGCAUACGCUGCUAAACACGACUACCCGUACCUACUCGGCGAGAUAGGCCCGAUGAUGAUCAGCAUGCCAGCUAUUGACGUCGCCGACCUGCUCCCGCCGAACUUGUUUCGGCCCUGGACGCGUUACGUGCAGGAGUGGGCUCGGAUCCAUCAGUCUGUCGCACUCAAGCUGCCCACGGGCUACAACCCCCAAUCGGAUGGUGGAUGGUCGGGACACUCCUCGCAGGCAAAGCACGCACAGAAUCAUAGUUGUAGAUCUUGCAGCCGCAACGGGUACAACAACAGCACCUCUUGCAGCUGGCCGCAGCUCAUCGCGGCUGUGCUCCAGAAUUUGGCAGCCGGCGUGCACACGCUUCGUGCGCUAGAUCAUGUCUUCAACAUUCCCGUGGUUCCAAAGGAGAGUAUUUCUGCAUGCUGUCAGUGGGACCUAGCGGACUGGCGGCGCAAGAUCGAAGCCGGAAUCGAGACUAUUCCGAAGUUCGGUACUUUUCUGUAGCUGUUCUCUUUUCACGUUCUGCGUUGCAAACACUUCUUUGAAGGCGCG